CUCCGAACUGGCCAGUUUCCUCCAUCCGAUCGCCACGGCUCCUUAACCCCACCGAUAUCGACGUCUCCAAGAAUUAUAGAAUUUAGAAGCCAAGGAAGAGAGGAGAGGAAGAAAGGAGGAAACUCCCGAAGCUCUCUGCUACUUCUCUCUCUUUCUCUCCUUCAGCUCGCUGGUAGAAAAACCAGUGAAAAUUAGAGCCAAAACUAUCGACAAGAACUUCGAGGGUGAUUCCCAUUUAUCUGUAUAUCUUAUCUAUUACCUAAGGCGAGUUUGUUGAGCUCUUUGGUGAUUUCGAUUUGAAAUCGUAUUCUUGGGGUUUAGAUGUCAUAAAUCAGGGUUUUGCCGGCAUCGCUCUUCUCCAAUUAAGAUGAACGUGGUGGGCAAGGUCGGGAGCCUUAUCUCCCAAGGUGUCUAUUCCGUUGCGACCCCUUUCCACCCCUUCGGUGGUGCUGUUGAUGUUAUUGUUGUUGAGCAACAAGAUGGGACCUACCGCAGUACGCCAUGGUAUGUGCGAUUUGGGAAGUUCCAGGGUGUUCUUAAAGGUGCUGAGAAGAUUGUGACUAUUACUGUUAAUGGUGUCGAAGCCAAUUUCCAUAUGUAUCUUGAUAACUCAGGCCAGGCCUAUUUCAUGAGAGAAGUUAUGUCAGGAAGUACUGAUGCAGAUUCCAGUGGCCAGGCUAUGAAUGAGUCCAACACUCCUCAGUCACAUCAGGGUGAUAAUAUUGACAAUUCUGUUGAUGAUCAUGAGAAUAUCUUUGAUGAAAACAAAGGGGAGGUUGAGAAUGAUGAUCAGCUAUACAGGUUUCAAGAUCAGCAGGCUUCCCCAGAUAGUUCGGCAGGAUCAUCUGGGUUUGGCAACUAUCACUAUGGGAGUUUAGACGAGGUGGAGGAUAUGGUUAAAGAAUCCAAUGAGUCCAAUUCGGAAAUGGUGUUGGUCAGUGUGGAUGGACAUGUCCUCAUGGCACCCAUCUCUUCGAAUGAAGAGAACACGGAAAAUGUGCAAUUGAGUACCCCGCAAUUCCAUCUAGGACCCGGGGGGGAAGGCUCUGGUGAAGAUUUUAGGACAAGCGGAGUUGUGUGGGAAGCUGGUUUGUUUGGUGAUCUAGAUGCAUCUACAACGAAAGAUACAGAUGUUCCUUGUAAUCAGGUGGAAGACUCUAAAGACUGUAGAGAGGUUUCAGUCCAUGUUGAAGAGGCUCACCAUUUUGGUAACCGUGAAACUGAACAAGAGGAUGCAGGAGUGGGUUUGACUAAAGAUGAUAUGUUCAAGAGUUGUUUAGAUUUAAUGGCCCAGGCUGAGGGUGAUAUGCAAAUUGAGGGUUCUUCAGCCGUGGAAUUGGACCCAAAAGUUGUCUCUGAAUAUUCGCAGGAAAUUACUUCCUUGAGCGGCAUUGCUUUGGCGGAAAUGACAGCAAGCACUGACCCUAACUGUAGAGGUGAUGCAUCACAGCCUGUAAAUGUAGAAACUGAAGAAUCACAAGAUGAUGUCUCUGUUGACCUUAAUCAGAAAGAUGAGGUGGUUGGUGCAGAUGUAUUUCUUCAAAAUUCCAAUCAGUUAUUCUGUGAGGAGUCAUGGAGCAAAAGCAUGGAGAAUGAAUCUUCUGAUAGGAAGCAUGUGAGUGGUGAAAACAUUUCUGAGGAGUGGGGUGAUUUUUCAGUCCAUUCAGUAAGCAAUGAUAAGGAACAUAUGGGAACAAUUGCAGAGGGGUCUGUUACUGAAGAAGAAAGCAAUGAAACUGAGAGUCCUGGAUUACAAAGGAGUUUCUCUGGGUUGGGCUUUGAUAUUUCCCUUUGUGGGAACUUACUGCGACCUGGUAUGGGCUUUAAUUCUGCUGGGGAAGCCUUUGAAGCCCAUCGUAUUUCCGAGGAGAGCUUCAGGGCAUCUGGACCAUCCAUCAUUAAGAAUGGUAACCUCAUUGUUAGAUUUGAAGGCAAGUAUUUGCCGUGGGAUGAAGCUGCUCAUAUCAUUCUUGGGAAGGCUGUGUUUGGUCCGAACUUUUCAGUUGAGCCGAAGGAUUCAAUCCUGGUGGAACACGAGGACACGUUGAAAUCCAGAGAAGAGACCCAUGAAGUCUCACCUUCUUUCAGCCGCAGAUGGAGACUGUGGCCGAUUCCAUUUAGGAGGGCCAAGUCCCUUCAGCACAGUAAUAGUAACUCAAGUGAGGAGCUUUUUGUUGAUUCAGAAUCUGGAUUGCAGAGCCCAAACACAGAACAAUCCACACAUGUGGGCACAAAUCAAUCUCCGCGCAAGCAGUUCAUACGGACAAAUAUUCCAACUAAUGAGCAGAUUGCUUCUUUAAAUCUGAAGGAAGGUCAAAAUAUGAUAGCCUUCAGUUUCAGCACAAGAGUUCUAGGGAAGCAACAGGUCGAUGCACACAUUUAUUUGUGGAAGUGGAAUACACGGAUAGUCAUAUCUGAUGUUGAUGGAACCAUUACCAAGUCUGAUGUCCUGGGCCAGUUCAUGCCUCUAGUUGGAAAGGACUGGACUCAAUCUGGGGUAGCACGACUUUUUUCUGCAAUAAAGGAAAAUGGCUAUCAGCUACUGUUCCUGAGUGCAAGAGCUAUUGUCCAGGCAUAUCUCACCAGAAGCUUUCUCCUCAAUCUGAAACAGGAUGGGAAAGCACUACCUAACGGGCCUGUCGUAAUUUCACCUGAUGGAUUGUUCCCUUCGCUGUAUCGAGAAGUUAUACGUAGAGCACCUCAUGAGUUCAAGAUUGCAUGUUUGGAGGACAUUAGAGCACUUUUUCCUUCUGACUACAACCCAUUCUAUGCGGGCUUUGGGAACAGAGACACAGAUGAGCUUAGUUACAGGAAAAUUGGAAUUCCAAAAGGAAAAAUAUUUAUCAUUAAUCCAAAGGGGGAAGUGGCUAUCAAUCACUGCAUUGAUGUGAAAUCUUAUACCUCCUUGCAUACACUGGUCGAUGACAUGUUCCCACCGUCACUGGUCGAGCAGGAGGAUUUCAACUCUUGGAAUUACUGGAAAAUGCCAUUGCCCGACAUUGAAUACUAGGAUUAACCCUCAGAACACAGUAUCAAAAUUUUGAUCACGUAAUUCUUCUCACUUACCUGGUGAUAAUUUGUUCAAUCUACGGCAGCUGCCAAAUUCAGUUAAUGUAUGCCGGUUCUAUUAAAGGAUUCAUUUGUAAAUUAUUAAUUUUUAAUGAGGGGACAUUAUGAAGGUCGGUGGAUUCAUAGUUGCAUCCGGUACAUGAAGAAAGGUGGUCUGGUGUAAAAUAAUGGUUCCCCUUUACAAUGCCCCAUGCAUUGCAUUCCCUCCUCACUUAUCCUAUGUGGCUUCAAUAACUAGUAGAUUUGGCUACAUUACCUGCCAAUAAUAUGCAACUUGUUAUGUGGUAAACAGAAACCAUGGUCCAGUUUUAGUUUGGUGAAAAAGGCCUAUGAUUCAAUGGGAACAGGCUGAGAUACUUGUCUGCAGCAUCUGAUGCUACAUGUUCUGAGGCAAGGUUUUUAGCUAUUCUUGGAGAGCAAGAGGGCGUUGAUCAACAGUCAAAAGCAAAUACCAGCAGUUGUUUUAAAUCCAUAGAAGGCUGACAUCUAACUUUAAUGAUGCACUGUAGGGAUAAUAGUAUACCAAUGUAAGAAAUGAUCCAUACAAUGUUUUGGGCCCUAAUUGCAGCCAGUAUUCAACUUUAUAGGCCAAAAUUGCAUCCAUUAAAUUUAUGACCAUGAAAGGUGAAGGAUAAAAUGCAAUUGCCUUUUUUUUAGAAGCGUCUGCAACUCUGCCUUGACGUAUAGAUUUACUUUUGUUGCGGCUUUAAUGUCAGAAGGGAAACUGCAAUUACUGUUAUGACUGAACGAGACAAAUGUUCAGCCACUUGUGUAGACAGUGUCUGAAUCCUAGCAGGUCAAAAGAGUGGAUGGAUUAUGCAGGGAACUUGAGUGACUUCUGAUUUGUCAAGGAGUCUGGGACCUACGAAUUGCUUUCUUGAAAACAUGGGAGGUUUGGGGAGAUUGAAAUUUGCCUUGGAGGUCAAAAGGUGUAAAAAAAAAAAAUGUAAUCUUUGUUUGUAGAAUUUUGACAGCAAUUUGUUUCCUGAAAAACAGAAAUUUAUGGAUCGAUAGUUGCAGGCA